AUGACUGAGCACCAUGCAGGGCGAUAUCAAUGCCACUAUCACAGCCCUGCUGGCUGGUCAGAGCACAGUGACACCCUGGAGCUGGUGGUGACAGCUUCUCUGCUAGGAUCCUACAGCAAACCCAGGCUCUCAGCCCUGCCCAGCCCUGUGGUGACCUCAGGAGGGAACGUGACCCUCCAGUGUGGCUCACAGCUGGGAUAUGGCAGGUUUGUUCUCACUAAGGAAGGAGGACACAAGCUCACCUGGACCCUGGACUCACAGCAAGACCCCAGUGGGCAGUUCCAGGCCCAGUUCCCUGUGGGCCCCGUGACCCCCAGCCACAGGUGGACAUUCACAUGCUAUGGCAGUUACAGGAGAACCCCCCAGGUGUGGUCAGAACCCAGUGACCCCCUGGAGCUCCUGGUCUCAGGGCUGUCCAGGAAGCCCUCCCUCCUGACCCAGCACAGCCCAGUCCUGGACCCUGGACAGAACCUGACCCUCCAGUGUCACUCAGACAGUGGCUAUGACAGAUUUGCUCUGUCCAAGGAGGGCGGACAGGACCUCCCACAGCACCCUGGCCAGCAGCUCCAGGCUGGGCUGUCUCAGGCCACCUUCCUUCUGGGCCCUGUGAGAGGCUCCCAUGGGGGUCGGUACAGAUGCUACGGUGGACACAGGUUCUCCUCUGAGUGGUCAGCCCCCAGUGACACCCUGGACAUCCUGGUCACAGGACAGCUCCCUGCCUCACCCUCCCUCUCAGUGCAGCCGGGUCCCACAGUGUCCUCAGGAGAGAACGUGACCCUGCUGUGUCAAUCAUGGAUCCAGUGGGACACCUUCCUUCUGGUCAAGGAGGGGGCAGCUGAUCCCCCCCUGCGUCUGAGACCAGAGUCCAGAGCUCCAGGGUUCCAGGCAGAAUUCUCCAUGAGAGCUGUGACCUCAGCCCUGGCGGGGACCUACAGGUGCUAUGGGACUCAAAGCUCAUCCCCCUACCUGCUGUCAUGGCCCAGUGCCCCCGUGGUCCUGGUGGUCUCAGGAGGCCAUGAGGAGGAGCCCCUCACCCCCAUGGACCCAGGACCCCAGCGUGGACUGGGAAGGCUGCUGCAGGUUCUGGUCGGGGUCUCAGUGGCCUUCCUCCUGCUGCUCCUCCUGCUCCUCCUCCUCCUCCUCCUCUGGCAUCAGAGCAGACGCAGGAAGGCGGCCCAGACAGAGGCUGGCCUCCAGGGACCUGCAGGGCCCACAGAGGCAGAGCCCCAGGACAGCGGCCUGCAGAAGAGGUCCAGCCCAGCCGCUGCCGCCCAGGAACAACACCUCUAUGCUGCUGUGAAGGACCCGCAGCCCGAGGUCGGGGUGGAGCUGGACAGUCGGAGCCCACCUGACGGGGACCCCCAGGGAGCAACAUAUGCCCAGGUGAGGCACUCAGGACUCAGGAGGGACGGGAGCUGCCCUCUUCCCCCACUGUCGGGGCAGUUCCUGGGCACAGAGGAUGCAGAGGACAGACACAUGGACACUCAGGCUGCUGCACCUGAAGGUUCCCAGGACGUGACCUACGCCCAGCUGUGCAGCGUGACCCUCAGACGGGGAGCGGCUGCCCCCACUUCCUCCCAGGCAGAGCAGCCCCCAGCGGGGCCCAGUGUGUAUGCUGCCCUGGCCCCACUCACCCGGGGGCUGCCCCAGAGGACUCGCACUAGUGACCCCAGCCAGCCGGCCACCUAACGCUCCAGACUCCAGAACUCCUGAGACUCGCCUGACUCAGCAUCAGAGAUGACCAACCUCCCUACGUCUUGCAAAUAAAGCCAGAGGUUUCUCAGUAAUCAGUGAGUGGACGGAGAACCAAGCAGAGGGAGAGGUGUCUUGACAUGACUGACGAUGAUAAUGGGACACAUCGAACUGGGAAGUGAGACUAAGGACCUUGCUGGUUGUAUCAGUACGCGGGGUUUUGCUUUGGUUUGGUUUUGGUUUGGGUUUUUGUACCAGGGAUUGAACCCAGGGGUGCUUGCCCACUGAGCCACAUCCCCAGCACUUUUUAUAUUUUAUUUAUAAAUGGGGUCUCACUCGUUUGCUAGACCUGGCUAAGUUGCUGAGGCUGGCCUUGAACUCACAAUCCUCCUGCCUCAGUCUCCCCUGUUGCUCUGAUAACAGGUAUGAGCCUCCACGCCCGGCUUGGAAAACUUUUCUUUGUUUGUUUUUAAUGAAUGAACUAAGCUAGUCUAUCAAGAGUUUAGAAGAAGAAUAACAAAUUACUCCAAAUGCAAGUAAAGGGAAAAUGAAAAGGUUAGUUAAUAUUUGGGGAAAAAAAAAAAAACCCUGCUGUACAUUUGAGUGUGAGAACAGCAAGAUAGCAGACAGCAGGGCACAUUCCACACACAUUUCAAAGAGAAAACAGCAGAACAUCGUGUGUAU